AACUGGCAACAGUGGGUUCCCGCGACAUAUAAAACACAUGCUCGUUUUUGCGCUGUUUGUGAUUCCUUGCUUGUAACUACUUCAAGUUUUUAUUGUGAUUGUUGUGGAGUCUGUGCUGAUAAACCUUGCAUUAAAGCAGAUAACGAUAUUAAAUGUAAAGCAAUAACACAGACUAAAACUUUGAAACAUCAUUGGAUUAAAGGUAAUUAUAUUCAUUUCAUUCCUUCAUCUUCAAAAACAGGACUUGAAAUUAUACUUUAUAUUUCUAACAUUAGGCACAAUUGCAUCGGUCGAUGGACAGAAGAGUGUGCAAUCUGUAAUAAUGAAUUUACAGAUCCUUGGAAAGGAGAUUUUCAUUGUUGCUGGUGUCAUAGGAAUAUUCAUGGCACAUGUUUAUCAAGAAUUCCUGAAACAUGUGAUCUCGGUCCUUAUCGCUUGAUGAUAGUACCACCAACCAGUAUUAAACCUACAAAAAUCAGAACUCGCAUGAGAAGGAAACAAACAAUUAUUUCUGUGAAUCCACCUGAGUGGCCUGGUUGGAGUCCAUUGAUAAUAAUUGCUAACAAAAAAUCAGGAAGUAGUGAUGCUGAAGAAAUUUUAUCAUUAUUUAGAUUUAUUCUGAAUCCUAUUCAAGUUAUGAUUAUAGGAAAAAAUCGAACACCAGCUCAAGCCUUGCAUUGGGUCAAAUUAGUUGCUCCAAAUGUGUGCCGAAUCCUUAUAGCAGGUGGUGAUGGAACGGUUGCUUGGGUUCUGAAUACUAUUCGAGAAAUGAAACUCAAACCAGAACCUUUAGUAUCAAUAUUUCCACUUGGUACUGGAAAUGAUUUGUCUCGAUCUUUGGGUUGGGGUGCAGAACCUCCAGAUAUUAUUCAACCAGAAAUAAUAUUGCAAAAGAUACAAUCCGCCGAUACAAUUAAUCUGGACAGGUGGGAUGUAGAAAUAGCAAAAUGCACCAGGCUUACAUCAACCCUCUAUACUCAGACCAAAGUUUUAUAUAAUUAUUUAAGUAUUGGUGUUGAUGCAGAAGUGACAUUAGGAUUUCAUAAAGCACGUGAAAGUAAAUUCUAUUUGAUGAGUAGUAGAUUAAUUAACAAGUUUCUUUAUUUGUGUUAUGGAACUCAACAAGUUGUUGCACCCACAAAUAAAGGAUUGGAGCAAAAAUUAGAAUUAAUUUUGGAUGGUCGAGUUAUAAAUUUACCCCCAGUAGAAAGUAUUGUGCUAUUGAAUAUCAAAUGCUGGGGCGCUGGGGUAAAAUUAUGGGAUAUGGGCGAUGCUGAUGGUACAGUGCAAAGCCCAAGUGAUGGUAUUAUCGAAGUUUUGGGAAUAACUUCAUCAUUCCAUAUCGCUCAAUUACAAGUUGGACUAUCUCAGCCAUUAAGGAUAGGCCAAGCACGUGUUAUUGAGGUGAGGCUACUUAAACCGACUCCUGUUCAAAUAGACGGCGAGCCUUGGAUUCAAGCUCCCGCGAAUAUAAAAAUAUCUUUAUCAGGACAGGUUAAAGUUCUUAAGGUGGUUUCUUAA